AAGAUAAUCGCUGGUUGGAGAUGUGCUUGAACCCAAAAUCUUAGUACUAAACACAUGAUAUGCAGUGAUGAUAUUUAUCCAAGCCUUGUUUUCUCAUUCUUUAACUUGAUAGUGAAAUUCACAUUGAACAAAAUAUUUCCUCGGGCAACUUGAUUCUUCUAAUUAGUAGCUAGGAAGUUAUUGCUUUUCUUUGGGUUAUUUAUUCAAGAUCUUUUUACUUGUGGAUACUGGUUCCGACAUAAUAUUGCACUUUUAAAGCUUCAAAAACUGGGAAUUUAAGUAAAGAUGGUGACAAGAUCGUGCAUGAAUUUGUUGGACUUGGUGUCAGGGGAUAUUCUAAAUCACCCUCAAACUCCCAGAGCUCUACCGCGAGUUAUGACUCUUCCGGGAGUUAUAUCUGAUGUAGAUAGUAGACAAAGUAAUGAUGAUGGUUCAAAUGUUUUCUCAUCAGAACACCAUCGCAAGAUAAUUAUAGUAGCAAAUUUUCUUCCUCUCAAUUGUAAAAGGGAUAGCAUAUCUGGCAGAUGGUGCUUUAGCUAUGAUGAAGAUUCAAUUUUUUUGCAGUUAAAGGAUGGUCUCUCUUCUGAUACUGAUGUUGUUUACGUGGGAUCUCUGAAUGUUGAUGUUGAUGCAAGCGAGCAAGAGAAAGUUUCCCUUCAGUUACUGGAGGAAUUCAAUUGCUUGCCAACUUUUAUUCCUACAGACCUCCAAAAACAGUUUUAUAAUGGAUUCUGCAAGCAAUAUUUGUGGCCACUAUUCCAUUACAUGUUGCCCAUGUAUCCAGGCUAUUGCAAUCGCUUUGAUAGGUCCUUGUGGCAAGCUUAUGUUUCUGCUAACAAGAUAUUUGCAGAUAAAGUCAUGGAGAUCAUUAAUCCAGAAGAUGAUUAUGUAUGGGUUCAUGAUUAUCAUCUAAUGGUUCUUCCAACAUUUCUGCGGAAGCGGUAUAGUCGGGUCAAGCUAGGAUUUUUCCUCCAUAGGCCAUUUCCUUCAUCAGAAAUUUAUCGAACUCUGCCAGUCAGAGGUGAGAUUUUGAAAGCAUUGCUUAAUGCAGAUUUAAUUGGUUUUCACACAUUUGAUUAUGCACGCCAUUUUUUGUCCUGCUGUAGUAGAAUGCUUGGCUUGGAAUAUAAAUCCAAAAGGGGUUACAUUGGGCUUGAAUACUUUGGUCGUACAAUAUUCAUUAAAAUAUUACCUGUUGGGAUUCAUAUGGGUAGACUUCAAUCUGCCUUAAAUCACUCUUCCUCUUCUAUCAAAGUUAGAGAAAUCCGCAAACAAUUUAAAGGGAAAAAACUUAUUAUUGGUGUUGAUGAUAUGGAUAUAUUUAAAGGUAUCAGUUUAAAGCUCUUGGCUUUUCAACAACUCCUGCAGCAAUAUCCAGAACUACAGGGUGAAUUAAUACUAGUCCAAAUUUUGAAACCCCCAGGGAGUACCGGUAAAGAUUUUGAGGAAGCUAAGGAGGAGGCAUACACUACUGCCAAAAAGAUAAAUGAAAGAUUUGGUUUUCCAGGUUAUGAACCUGUCAUCAUCAUUGAUUAUGAUGUUCCUUUCUAUGAGAAGAUAGCUUAUUAUGCUUUGGCAGAAUGUUGCAUUGUGAAUGCAGUGCGGGAUGGUAUGAAUUUGGUUCCAUACAAAUACAUUGUCUGUAGGCAAGGGAGUUAUCAAAUGGACGAGGCCUUAGAUAUUGCUCCUGACUCCCCUCAUACAAGUGCGCUUGUUGUUUCAGAAUUUAUAGGGUGCUCGCCAUCUCUUAGUGGGGCAAUCAAGGUAAACCCUUGGGAUAUCAAUGCCGUAGCUGAAGCACUACAUUUGGCUAUCACAAUGCCUAUUGGAGAGAAAAUUUUGCGGCAUGAGAAGCACUAUCGUUAUGUUAGUUCUCACGAUGUGGCUUAUUGGGCGCGAAGCUUUGAGCAAGAUCUAGUGUUGUCGUGCAAAGAUCACUAUAGUAAACGUUGUUGGGGCAUUGGCUUUGGCCUGAAUUUCAGAAUUUUGUCCCUCUCUCCUAGCUUCAGGAAGCUGUCUAUAGACCACAUUGUCUCUGCAUAUAAAAGGACAACUUGCAGGGCAAUCUUUCUGGAUUAUGAUGGUACAGUUGUACCUGAAGCUUCCAUUGUUAAAGCCCCUAGUCCUGAAGUCAUAUCUGUGCUAAAUAAUCUUUGCACUGAUCUUAACAACACUGUGUUUAUUGUUAGCGGCAGGGGGAAAACCUCAUUGAGUGAAUGGUUUGAUCAGUGUGAAAAUCUUGGUAUAGCAGCUGAGCAUGGUUAUUUUAAAAGGUGGGGUAAACAAUCAAGUUGGAAAACGAGUCAUAUAGGUACAGAUUUUGCAUGGAAGAGGAUUGCGGAACCUGUGAUGAGAUCAUAUACGGAGGCUACAGACGGCUCCUAUAUAGAGAGCAAAGAAAGUGCCUUGGUAUGGCAUUACUAUGAUGCCGAUCCUGAUUUUGGAUCUUGGCAGGCCAUGGAGCUGUUGAAUCACCUUGAAAAUGUACUUGCAAAUGAGCCUGUAGUUGUUAAAAAGGGACAACAUAUUAUUGAAGUCAAGCUUCAGGGGAUUACUAAAGGUUUAGUUGCACAGGAAGUUUUGUCUACACUAACCAGGAAAGGAAAACUGCCAGAUUUUGUAUUGUGCAUUGGGGAUGAUAAAUCUGAUGAGGAUAUGUUUGAGAGCAUAUCAACCAAGCCUUAUAAUGCAACCUCCUCUUCAGCACCAGAAAUAUUUGCAUGUACUGUUGGGCAAAAACCAAGCAAAGCUAGAUACUACUUAGAUGAUACUGUGGAUGUGAUGAUGUUACUUCAUGCUCUUGGUAAUGCUUCGGGGCUUAAAUCAACAUGUUCUUCAGAAGCUCCUUAAAAAAAACAAAAAAAUAGAAGUCUGUUCCAAGAAAAUUGUUUGAAAUAUACACUUAAGCUGUCUAGGCACUUGCAUAAGAUAAAGACACAAUGGUUACGGUUUUGAUAGUUGUUUUCUGCUAAGAUGUGCACAAGCAUUUUAAGAAAACAGUUUCAAACCUGACUUUUGAGUUUUGAUUGUAAAGCAUGUUGCGGCUUUAGGAUUCACAAACUGAGCAGGGGGGUUUAGAGUGAUUGAUUUUGAUUGGUAGGUGGGGGCAAAUGGAUGUAACUGUUGGCUUUAGCAGUACCUUUGAAAGGAGGAUACUAAAUAUAUUCAUAGAUACAGAACCUAGGCAUUCUAGCUGGAUGAGAAUCCAUUGUAUGUAUAUUUGAACUCAAUUCAGUUAUGCAUGAAUUCAUUCAGAAUCUGAA